AUGAUAGACAAUGAUCCACAAGACAGUAAUCAUGAACAGUUACCUACCACGAACGCGGUGCCUGACACACCCAUCUCAUGGACGUACGGAGACAUUGUACCAGCAGUAGUUCCAUUUACUAAUUUGGAUCACACAGCAGAUGUUCAGCUUCACGCAUGGGGUGACACGUUGGAGGAAGCAUUUGAACAAUGUGCCAUGGCAAUGUUUGGCUACAUGACUGAAAUUGAUACAGUAGAGAUAUCAGAAUGUCAAGAUGUUGUAGCUGAAGGCCAUGACUUGCUGUCACUACUGUUUCAUUUCUUGGAUGAGUGUCUUUUCCUCUUCUGUGCGGACCCAUUUUUUAUUGCACGGAAGGUGAGCAUUGUGGAAUUUGAUAGAACUAAUUUUCGCAUCAAAGCUGUUGCAUAUGGUGAAGAAUUUCAGAUUGGAAAGCAUCCUCAGGGAACUGAAGUGAAAGCAAUAACAUAUUCAAACAUGCAGGUACAUGAAAAUGAAGGGAAAAGUGAAGUUUUUGUGAUCAUUGACAUUUAA